ACAUUCGAACUUAAACUUAACCUAAGUUUUCUUCAACGUCAAACUGUAUUUACAACUGUAUUUUUGUAUAUUUUUGAAGUUAAAUGGUUGCAUUUUACCGUUUGAAAUGAAACAAAGAUCAAUAACGUCAUUUUUUUCUUCGUCUGGAAGAAAAUCCGAUGGGUAUGUAAUUCAACAUUGGUUAAAUAUAGUUGUUAAGUUUGCUCAUGCACAAGACGAAUUAUGUCUUUAAUUUUUCGUUCCUUGAGAACUGUUACCUCAUCGAAUCGCAAAACACAUAUUAAAGUGUUGAAUUGUUUUUUCUCUAAACUCAGAAGCAGUCCAAUAGGGGGAUCCUCGGAAAACGAGAACACAAGUAAAAGGUCAAGAGAAUCUAAUGAAUCUACACCUACGAAAUCUGCAGAAAAAGAAAAUGGAAAUAAUCAGAAUGCUAAAAAGAUUAAAUUGGAAGCGUCUAAAAUUAAGUCAUUGCAUGAUGAACCUCAAAACAAUAAAGUUCUGUCAGAUGAAGAUUCUCCAAUAAAAAGGAAUAUAAAGAAAAAGAAAGCAUUUGAUAGUGAUUCUGAGAAUGAAUCAACUACCGAGAUAACCAAACCACUUGAACCAAAUAGGACAAGUAUAACUCCUGUGAAGGAAGAAAAACUUGGAUCUAUAAAGAAUUCACCAGAUUCUAAACUCAAGGAUGAAGACUGUAAAGAAAAAGCUACAAAACCCAAUUCACCAGACAAUAAGAAGAAAAAUGGAAUUGAAAAAUCUUCAUCUCCAAAACCUAGUAGUUCGAAAAAAACUUCUGUUGAAAAAAACAAUUCAAAUCUUCCUGAUACAUACAAUCCUGCGAAAACCAAAUAUCAUCCUAUAAAAGACGCAAUUUGGAAAAGAGAACAGAAAAUUCCCUACCUUGCAUUGGCAAAAACUUUAAUGGAAAUAGAAGAAAUCUCUAGUAGAUUGAAGAUAAUUGAAAUUUUGAGUAACUACUUCCGGUCCUGUAUGGUACUCACCCCAGAAGAUCUUCUACCCUCUGUAUAUUUGUGCCUUAAUAAAUUGGGACCAGCCUAUGAAGGUUUAGAAUUGGGCGUUGCUGAAACAAGUUUAAUGAAAGCAAUUGCUCAAUCAACUGGACGCACUCUUAACCAGAUUAAAUCAGAUGUGAAAGAAACUGGCGAUUUAGGUACUGUAGCAGAACAUUCAAGGACUAAUCAAAAAACACUUUUCCAACCACCACCUCUUUCUGUUAGGGGCGUUUUCAAAAGUUUAAAACAAAUUGCCAAAAUGACAGGUCAUGCAUCACAGUCAACGAAAAUUGAAGAAAUCAAAAAGAUGUUUGUGGCUUGCAAAGAAAUGGAGGCAAGGUAUCUGAUCAGGUCACUUGCGGGAAAACUGAGAAUAGGUUUGGCUGAGUUGUCAGUUCUGCAAGCUCUAGCUUUGGCAUGCGCUACAACGCCACCUAACCAAGAUUUUCCACCAAAACGACUUGAUGUUUCGAAAGAAAUGGGUGCCGAUGAUUUCAAAGCAUUUUAUGAUAAGUUAGCGUUCACUUUGAGAAACACUUACUGUGAAUGUCCAAAUUAUGAUCUUAUGAUACCCGUUCUACUUAAAGAGGGUAUUGAAAAAUUACCAGAACAUUGCAAACUCACUCCAGGAAUACCUCUAAAGCCUAUGUUGGCACAUCCCACUAAAGGUGUCCAGGAAGUGCUCAACAGAUUUGAAGGCCUCAAAUUCACUUGCGAAUGGAAAUAUGACGGAGAAAGGGCUCAAAUACACAUGGAUGGUAAAACGGUUCACAUUUAUAGUAGGAAUCAAGAAAACAACACAUCAAAAUAUCCUGAUAUUAUUUCUCGCUUAGAUUUAUGUAAAAGUGAAAACGUCAAAUCGUGUAUUUUGGAUUGCGAAGCUGUCGCUUGGGAUUCUGAGAAUAAAGCGAUCUUGCCGUUCCAAGUUCUGAGCACUAGAAAAAAAAAGGGUGUGAAAGAAGAAGAAAUAAAAGUACAAGUUUGCGUAUUUAUGUUUGAUCUCCUUUAUUUCAACGGGGAAUCGCUAAUUAAAAAACCUUUCAUAGAAAGAAGGACCAUAUUGAAAGAGAACUUCAAAGAAUGCGAAGGACAUUGGUAUUUUGCUACAUAUUUAGAUACAAGCAAAAUGGAAGAGGUACAAGAAUUCUUGGAAGAAAGUGUCAAAGGUAACUGUGAGGGUCUUAUGGUGAAGACCUUGGAGCAAGAUGCAACAUACGAAAUUGCCAAGAGGUCACAUAACUGGUUGAAAUUGAAAAAGGAUUACCUAGAAGGUGUUGGUGACACUCUUGAUGUUGUUGUAAUUGGUGGUUAUUUAGGAAAAGGAAAAAGGACAGGGACAUAUGGGGGCUUCCUCUUGGCAUGCUAUGAUCAGGACAAUGAAGAAUAUCAGAGUAUAUGCAAGAUUGGAACAGGAUUCACAGACGAGAAUCUUCAAAAGCAUACGGAAUUCUUCAAGGAUCAUGUUGUACAGAAUCCGAAACCAUAUUACCGUUUUGAAGAAUCUCUAACGCCUGAUCAUUGGUUCGAGCCCGUCCAGGUGUGGGAGAUAAAAUGUGCUGAUCUUUCACUUUCCCCUAUCCAUAGAGCUGGAAUUGGAAUAGUGGAUCCCCAGAAAGGAAUCUCAUUGAGAUUUCCACGUUUUAUUAGGAUAAGAGAUGAUAAGACUGUUGAAGAAGCGACUUCCGCCCAGCAAGUAGCUGACAUGUACUCCGGUCAAGAUCAGAUUAAAAAUCAGCAAUCUUCAGUGAAAGUGUCUGAAGAAGAUUUCUAUUGAUUCUUCUCCAUUUGUAUAAAUACACUACAAUAAAGAAUUUUUUCCA